GGGAGGCGGGGGGUGAUGGCGAGGCGGCCGCCGUGGUGUGGUCGCAGGGGGCCCAGCACCCCGGUACUCCUGCUCCUUCUCUCUUUGUUCCCUCUCAGCCGGGAGGAACUGGGGGGCGGCGGAGGCCAGGAGUGGGAUCCGGACCCGGGGGUGGCGGCCGCCACGGUCCCGGGGGUGCCGGUUGGUAGUAGGGUCUCAGCUCUUUGUCCCGAGCCGUCUGGGGUCCGGGAAGAUGGGGACCCUGCUUUGGUGGAGCUCCGAGGGGGCCGGCCAUGCUCCCGGGGAGAUUCAGGACCCUCCGAGCAGCUGGACGCGAGGCUGAGGACGGAGCACGGGGUCCGGGCACGGGGCGCGCAGCCGCCCGGCUCUGUGCUGUGUUGGCGGCCGGAGGUCCCCGCGUGCAGGCGGGCAGGACCCCUGCGGGAGGGGAGUCUGUCCCCGCAGGCUCUGUCCCCCGGGGUCCUGGGCCCCGAGAACCGCUCGCCUUCCCCCUCGGACCUUCUGCUCCCUGCUUCCAAGCCGGUGUCCUCGCCAAGGAGUGUCGGGAGAAGUGCUCCCAAAGUGGGGACCGCACGCUGCCGCGGGGCGCAAAAAGAAAAAACUAAGACUUUCCGAGCUCGGGGACGCGGGCACCCUGGCUGCGGGCCGGGCUCAGCACCGCGCACGGCGAGGACAGCUCCCGCGCCUGUUUCAGCACCGCGCGCGGCGCGGACAGCUCCCGGGCCGCCUCCAGAGCGCACGCGCGCCCGCCGGCGCCGCUUCCUCCCGGGGGUCCCCGCCCCUCCGCAGAUACCCGGGGCCGGCCGGCUCCGCCCGGGCCGCGCCGCCAACCGCCACCCGCAGUUCCCUCAGUACAACUACCAGGCGCUGGUGCCCGAGAACGAGGCGGCGGGCACCUCGGUGCUGCGCGUGGUGGCGCAGGACCCGGACGCCGGCGAGGCGGGGCGCCUGGUGUACUCGCUGGCCGCGCUCAUGAACAGCCGCUCGCUGGAGCUGUUCAGCAUCGACCCGCACAGCGGCCUCAUCCGCACCGAGGCCGCGCUCGACCGAGAGAGUCUGGAGCGCCACUACCUGCGCGUCACGGCCCAGGACCUCGGCUCGCCGCGCCUCUCGGCCACCACCAUGGUGGCGGUGACCGUGGCCGACCGCAACGACCACUCCCCGGUGUUUGAGCAAGCACAGUACCGGGAGACGCUGCGCGAGAACGUGGAGGAAGGCUACCCCAUCCUGCAGCUCCGCGCCACCGAUGGCGACGCGCCCCCCAACGCCAACCUGCGCUACCGCUUCGUGGGGGCCCCGGCCGCCGCCUUCGAGAUCGACCCUCGCUCCGGCCUCAUCAGCACCAGCGGCCGCGUGGACCGCGAGCACAUGGAGAGCUACGAGCUGGUGGUGGAGGCCAGCGACCAGGGCCGAGAGCCGGGGCCGCGCUCUGCCACUGUGCGCGUGCACAUAACCGUCCUGGACGAGAAUGACAACUCGCCCCAGUUCAGCGAGAAGCGCUACGUGGCGCAGGUGAGGGAGGACGUGCGCCCCCACACGGUGGUCCUGCGCGUCACAGCCACCGACCAGGACAAGGAUGCCAACGGCUUGGUGCACUACAACAUCAUCAGUGGCAACAGCCGGGGCCACUUUGCCAUCGACAGCCUCACCGGGGAGAUCCAGGUGGUGGCACCUCUGGACUUCGAGGCAGAGCGAGAGUAUGCCUUGCGCAUCCGGGCGCAGGAUGCCGGCAGACCACCGCUGUCCAACAACACAGGCCUGGCCAGCAUCCAGGUGGUGGACAUUAACGACCACGCCCCUAUCUUUGUCAGCACUCCCUUCCAGAUCUCUGUCCUGGAGAACGCGCCGCUUGGCCACUCGGUCAUCCACAUUCAGGCAGUGGAUGCAGACCAUGGGGAGAACGCCAGGUUGGAGUACUCUUUGACUGGUGUGGCACCCGACACGCCCUUUGUGAUCAACAGUGCCACUGGCUGGGUCUCUGUGAGUGGCCCGCUGGACCGUGAGUCUGUAGAGCACUACUUCUUUGGUGUGGAAGCUAGAGACCACGGCUCACCCCCACUGUCAGCCUCAGCUAGCGUCACAGUGACCGUGCUGGAUGUCAAUGACAACCGGCCAGAAUUCACCAUGAAGGAAUACCAUCUACGACUGAAUGAGGAUGCCGUUGUGGGCACGAGCGUGGUCAGUGUGACUGCUGUCGACCGUGAUGCCAACAGUGCCAUUAGCUACCAGAUCACAGGUGGCAACACUCGGAAUCGAUUCGCCAUCAGCACCCAGGGGGGUGUGGGUCUGGUGACACUGGCUCUGCCACUGGACUACAAGCAGGAGCGCUACUUCAAGCUGGUGCUGACUGCAUCCGACCGUGCCCUUCACGAUCACUGCUACGUGCAUGUCAACAUCACAGACGCCAACACUCACCGGCCCGUCUUUCAAAGUGCUCACUACUCAGUGAACGUCAACGAGGACCGCCCCGUGGGUAGCACUGUGGUGGUCAUCAGUGCCUCUGACGACGACGUGGGCGAGAAUGCUCGUAUCACCUAUCUCCUGGAGGAUAACCUGCCCCAGUUCCGCAUCGACGCAGACUCCGGGGCCAUUACUCUACACGCACCCCUGGACUACGAGGACCAGGUCACCUACACACUGGCUAUUACAGCUCGGGACAAUGGUAUCCCACAGAAGGCAGACACCACUUAUGUGGAAAUAAUGGUCAACGAUGUGAACGAUAACGCGCCACAGUUUGUGGCCUCCCAUUACACAGGAUUGGUCUCUGAGGAUGCCCCGCCUUUCACUAGUGUCCUGCAGAUCUCAGCCACUGACCGGGAUGCUCAUGCCAACGGCCGGGUUCAGUAUACUUUCCAGAAUGGGGAAGAUGGAGAUGGAGAUUUUACCAUUGAGCCUACCUCUGGCAUCGUCCGCACAGUAAGGCGUCUAGAUCGGGAGGCAGUGCCAGUGUAUGAACUGACUGCUUAUGCAGUGGACCGGGGCAUGCCCCCACUGCGCACUCCAGUCAGCAUCCAGGUGACAGUGCAGGACGUGAAUGACAAUGCACCCAUCUUCCCCGCUGAAGAGUUUGAGGUGCAGGUGAAGGAGAACAGCAUUGUCGGCUCUGUGGUGGCCCAGAUCACUGCAGUGGAUCCUGAUGAGGGCCCCAACGCCCAUAUCAUGUACCAGAUCGUGGAGGGGAACAUCCCUGAGCUGUUCCAAAUGGAUAUCUUCUCUGGAGAGUUGACAGCACUCAUUGACUUGGAUUAUGAGACUCGCCAGGAAUAUGUGAUUGUGGUACAAGCCACCUCUGCCACCCUGGUCAGUCGAGCCACUGUGCAUGUCCGCCUGAUUGACCAGAAUGACAACAGUCCUGUGCUCAACAACUUCCAGAUCCUCUUCAACAACUAUGUGUCCAACCACUCAGACACCUUCCCCUCAGGCGUCAUAGGUCGCAUCCCAGCAUAUGACCCGGACGUCUCGGACCAGCUCUUCUACUCCUUUGAGCGAGGUAAUGAGCUGCAGCUGCUGGUGGUCAACCAGACCAGUGGGGAGCUUCGACUGAGCCGCAAACUAGACAACAACCGUCCAUUGGUGGCCUCCAUGUUGGUGACUGUCACAGACGGGUUGCACAGUGUGACGGCUCAGUGUGUGCUGCGAGUGGUCAUCAUCACGGAGGAGCUGCUGGCCAACAGCCUGACCGUCCGCCUGGAGAACAUGUGGCAGGAGCGCUUCCUUUCCCCGCUGCUGGGCCACUUCCUGGAGGGCGUGGCCGCCGUCCUCGCCACCCCCACGGAGGAUGUCUUCAUCUUCAACAUCCAGAACGACACGGACGUGGGGGGCACCGUGCUCAACGUCAGCUUCUCGGCGCUGGCCCCUCGCGGGGCCGGGGCAGGCUCGGCGGGGCCCUGGUUCAGCUCCGAGGAGCUGCAGGAGCAGCUGUACGUGCGCCGGGCCGCGCUGGCCGCCCGCUCGCUGCUGGACGUGCUGCCCUUCGACGACAACGUGUGUCUGCGCGAGCCCUGCGAGAACUACAUGAAGUGCGUGUCGGUGCUUCGCUUCGACUCCUCGGCGCCCUUCCUGACCUCGGCCUCCACGCUCUUCAGACCCAUCCAGCCCAUCGCCGGCCUGCGCUGCCGCUGCCCGCCGGGCUUCACGGGAGACUUCUGCGAGACGGAGCUCAACCUGUGCUACUCCAACCCCUGCCGCAAUGGGGGUGCGUGUGCGCAGCGUGAGGGCGGAUACACCUGCGCCUGCCGCCCGCGCUUCACUGGAGAAGACUGCGAGCUGGACACGGAAGCCGGACGCUGCGUGCCAGGCGUCUGCCGCAACGGGGGCACGUGUGCCGACGGGCCAGACGGUGGCUUUCGCUGCCAGUGCCCGUCGGGCAGUGCCUUUGAGGGCCCGAGGUGUGAGGUGGCAGCGCGCUCCUUCCCGCCCAGUUCCUUCGUCAUGUUCCGCGGCCUGAGACAGCGUUUCCACCUCACCCUGUCCCUCUCGUUUGCCACGGUGCAGUCCAGCGGCCUCCUCUUCUACAACGGCCGCCUGAACGAGAAGCACGAUUUCCUGGCCCUGGAGCUGGUGGCUGGGCAAGUGCGGCUCACUUACUCCACGGGUGAGUCUAACACAGUGGUCAGCCCCACAGUUCCAGGCGGCCUGAGUGACGGGCAGUGGCACACGGUGCAUCUGAGAUACUACAACAAGCCCCGGACAGAUGCCCUGGGGGGUGCUCAGGGCCCCUCCAAGGACAAGGUGGCCGUGCUGAGCGUGGACGACUGUGAUGCGGCUGUGGCUCUGCAGUUUGGGGCUGAGAUUGGCAACUACUCAUGUGCAGCUGCCGGCCUGCAGACGAGCUCCAAGAAGUCCCUGGACCUGACAGGCCCUCUGCUUCUGGGGGGUGUCCCCAACCUCCCCGAGAACUUCCCUGUGACCCACAAGGACUUCACCGGGUGCAUGCGGGACCUGCACAUCGAUGGCCGCCGAGUGGACAUGGCAGCCUUUGUCGCGAAUAAUGGCACCACGGCAGGCUGCCAGGCCAAGCUGCACUUCUGUGAAUCCCAUCCCUGUCAGAACAAUGGCGUCUGCUCAGAGCGCUGGGGAGGCUUCAGCUGUGACUGCCCUGUGGGCUUUGGUGGCCAAGACUGUCGGCUCACCAUGACCCAUCCCCACCAUUUCUGGGGUAAUGGCUCACUGAGCUGGGACUUUGGAAAUGACGUGACUGUGUCUGCGCCGUGGUACCUGGGGCUGGCGUUCCGGACACGGGCGACGCAGGGGGUCUUGAUGCAAGUGCAGAUUGGGCCACACAGCACUGUCCUCUGUCAGCUGGAUCUGGGGUUGCUGUCUGUGACAGUGACCAGGGACCUGGGUCGUGCUGCCCACCUCCUCCUGGACCAAGUGACCGUCAGCGAUGGCCGAUGGCAUGAUUUACGAUUGGAGUUGCAGGAGGAGCCGGGGGGCCGGCGCGGCCACCACGUCCUCAUGGUCUCACUGGACUUCAGCCUCUUCCAGGACACUGUGGCCGUGGGGAACGAGCUGCAGGGCCUGAAGGUAGAGCAGCUCCACGUCGGAGGCCUGCCUCACAGUAGCGAAGAGUCUCCUCAGGGUCUCGUUGGCUGUAUUCAGGGGGUCUGGCUUGGCUCCACGCCUUCGGGGUCUCCGGCCCUGCUUCCCCCCAGCCAUCGAGUGAAUGUGGAACCCGGCUGUGUCGUGACCAACGCCUGUGCGUCUGGGCCCUGCCCGCCCCACGCUGACUGCCAGGACCACUGGCUGACCUUCUCCUGUACCUGCCGGCCAGGUUACUACGGCCCAGGCUGUGUGGACGCCUGUCUCUUGAACCCCUGUCAGAACCAGGGCUCAUGCCGGCACCUCCCGGGAGCCCCCCACGGCUACACCUGCGACUGUGCAGGUGGCUAUUUUGGGCACCGCUGUGAGCACAGGAUGGACCAGCAGUGCCCUCGAGGCUGGUGGGGGAGUCCAACGUGUGGCCCCUGCAACUGCGACGUCCACAAGGGCUUUGACCCCAACUGCAAUAAGACGAGCGGGCAGUGCCGCUGCAAGGAGUUCUACUACCGACCGCGGGGCAGCGACUCCUGCCUCCCCUGUGACUGCUACCCCGUGGGCUCCACUUCACGCUCGUGUGCCCCACACAGUGGACAGUGCCCGUGUCGCCCGGGAGCCCUCGGCCGCCAGUGCAACAGCUGUGACAGUCCUUUCGCAGAGGUGACCGCCAGCGGCUGCCGGGUGCUAUAUGACGCCUGUCCCAAGUCCCUGAGAUCUGGUGUGUGGUGGCCACAGACCAAGUUUGGCAUCUUGGCCUCAGUGCCCUGUCCUCGGGGGGCCCUGGGUGUUGCCGUGCGGCUCUGUGAUGAAGAGCAGGGUUGGCUAGAGCCUGACCUCUUCAAUUGUACCUCUCCUGCCUUUGAAGAACUCAAUUUGCAGCUGGAUGGUCUGGAGCUGAACAAGACGACGUUGGACACAGUAGAGGCCAAGAAACUGGCUCAGAGGCUGCGGGAGGUGACGGGCCGCACCAAGCACUACUUCAGCCAAGACAUCCGGGUCACUGCCCGCCUGCUGGCCCACCUGCUGGCCUUUGAAAGCCAUCAGCAGGGCUUUGGGCUAACAGCCACCCAGGAUGCCCACUUCAACGAGAAUCUGCUGUGGGCUGGCUCUGCACUGCUCGCUCCAGACACCAGGGACCUGUGGGCAGCCCUGGGGCAGCGGGCCCCUGGAGGCUCCCCGGGCAGCGCCGGGCUAGUGCAGCACCUGGAGGAAUAUGCGGCCACACUUGCCAGGAACAUGGAGCACACGUACCUGAACCCCGUGGGGCUGGUGACUCCCAAUAUCAUGCUCAGCAUUGACCGGAUGGAGCAUCCCAGCCCCACCCGGGGAACCCGACGCUACCCUCGUUACCACAGCAACCUUUUCCGGGGCCAGGAUGCCUGGGACCCUCACACACACGUGCUGCUGCCGUCCCAGUCCCCUCGGCUGUCCCCACCCGACGUUGUGCCUACAAGCAGCAGCAACACAGAAAAUGCCACCUCCAGUGUGGCCCCCACACCGGCCCCUGCAGAACCUGAGCCCGAGCCUGGAGUCUCUGUUGUCAUCCUCCUCGUUUACCGGACCUUGGGGGGGCUGCUCCCUGCCCAGUUCCAAGCCGAGCGCCGGGGUGCCAGGCUUCCCCAGAACCCCGUCAUGAACUCACCCGUGGUCAGUGUGGCGGUGUUCCGUGGACGUAGUUCCCUGAGGGGUGUUCUGGAGUCCCCGAUCAGCCUGGAGUUCCGCCUGCUGCAGACAGCCAACCGGAGCAAGGCCAUCUGCGUGCAGUGGGACCCGCCUGGCCCGGUGGACCAGCACGGCCUGUGGACGGCCCGGGACUGCGAGCUGGUGCACAGGAACGGGUCCCACGCACGGUGUCGCUGUAGCCGGACAGGGACCUUUGGGGUCCUCAUGGAUGCCUCCCCACGUGAGCGGCUGGAAGGGGACCUGGAGCUGCUGGCCGUGUUCACCCACGUGAUGGUGGCUGUGUCCGUGGCUGUGCUGCUGCUGACGGCAGCCGUCCUGCUAAGCCUGCGCAGCCUCAAGUCCAACAUGCGUGGGAUCCACGCGAACGUGGCAGCCGCCCUGGGGGUGGCCGAGCUCCUCUUCCUGCUGGGGAUACACAGGACCCACAACCAGCUGCUGUGCACUGCUGUGGCCAUCCUCCUGCACUACUUCUUCCUCAGCACCUUUGCCUGGCUCCUGGUGCAGGGGCUGCACCUCUACCGUAUGCAGGUCGAACCCCGGAACAUAGACCGCGGCGCCAUGCGCUUCUACCAUGCUCUGGGCUGGGGUGUCCCUGCCGUGCUGCUCGGCCUUGCUGUCGGCCUGGACCCUGAGGGCUAUGGGAACCCUGACUUCUGCUGGAUCUCAGUCCAUGAACCCCUCAUCUGGAGCUUUGCGGGCCCUGUUGUGCUUGUCAUUGUGAUGAAUGCAAUCAUGUUUCUCCUCGCUGCCCGCACAGCCUGUUCUGCUGGGCCCAGGGAGGCCAAGAAGACCUCUGUACUGACCCUUCGCAGCUCCUUUCUGCUCCUUCUGCUGGUCAGUGCCUCCUGGCUCUUUGGCCUCCUGGCAGUCAACCACAGCAUCCUGGCCUUCCACUACCUCCACGCAGGGCUGUGUGGGCUCCAGGGCCUGGCAGUGCUGCUGCUCUUCUGUGUCCUGAAUGCAGAUGCUCGGGCCGCCUGGACACCAGCCUGUCUGGGCAGGAAGGCAGUGCCCGAGGAGGCAAGGCCAUCAGCACCUGGGACGGGGCCCGGAGCUUACAAUAACACGGCCCUGUUCGAGGAGAGCGGCCUUAUCCGCAUCACUCUUGGUGCCUCCACCGUGUCCUCAGUGAGCAGUGCCCGCUCCGGCCGGACCCAGGACCAAGACAGCCAGCGGGGCCGUGGCUACCUCAGGGACAAUGUCCUGGUUCGACAUGGUUCAGCUGCUGACCACACUGACCACAGCCUCCAGGCUCACACCGGCCCCACUGACCUGGAUGUGGCCAUGUUCCAUCGAGACGCUGGUGGAGGUGCGGACUCUGACUCUGACAGUGACCUGUCUUUGGAGGAGGAGAGAAGUCUGUCCAUCCCAUCCUCAGAAAGUGAAGACAAUGGCAGAACACGGGGACGCUUUCAGCGCCCACUCCGCCGAGCAGCCCAGAGUGAGAGGCUCCUGGCGCAUCCCAAAGACAUGGAUGGCAACGACCUCCUGUCCUACUGGCCAGCCCUAGGUGAAUGCGAGGCGGCUCCCUGUGCUCUGCAGACCUGGGGCUCGGAAAGACGCCUGGGGCUGGACACCAGCAAGGACGCGGCUAACAACAACCAGCCCGACCUGGCCUUGACCAGUGGAGAUGAAACCUCCUUGGGUCGGGCUCAGCGCCAGAGGAAAGGCAUCCUGAAGAACCGCUUAGAGUGCCCACUGGUACCACAGACCCGAGGUGCUGCAGAGCUGUCCUGGUGCCGCGCAGCCACCCUGGGCCACCGUGCUGUGCCAGCCGCCUCCUACGGCCGCAUCUAUGCAGGAGGGGGCACAGGCAGCCUCUCGCAGCCUGCCAGCCGCUACUCCUCUCGGGAACAACUGGACCUGCUUCUCCGGCGGCAGCUGAGCCGAGAGCGGCUGGAGGAGGCCCCUGCCCCUACUCUGCGGCCCCUGAGUCGGCCGGGUUCUCAGGAACGCCUGGCUGCUGUGCCAGGCCGCCUGGAGCCCAGGGACCGGGGCAGCACCCUGCCACGGAGGCAGCCGCCCAGGGACCACCCUGGCACCACGGCCGGCCGCUUUGGGUCACGGGAUGCGCUGGACCUUGGGGCGCCCCGCGAGUGGCUGAGCACACUGCCCCCACCCCACAGAGCCCGGGACCUGGACCCACAGCCCCCACCGCUCCCACUGUCUCCCCAGCGGCAACACUCAAGGGACCCCCUCUUGCCAUCCCGGCCCUUGGACUCUCUGUCCAGGAGAUGGAACUCAGGGCAGCAACUAGACCACGUGCCUAGCCAGCACCCCUGUCGAGAAGGCCUGGGGCCGCCCGCACAGCUGCUCAGAGUCAGGGAGGACCCAGCCAGUGGUUCUAGCCACGGCCCCUCCACAGAGCAGUUAGACAUUCUCUCCUCUAUCCUCGCCUCCUUCAACUCCUCGGCUCUCUCCUCUUCUGUGCAGUCCUCAAGCACGCCCUCGGGGCCCCACACCACUGCCACGCCUUCUGCCACAGCCUCUGCGCUUGGGCCCUCUACGCCUCGCUCGGCCACGUCCCACAGCAUCUCGGAACUGUCACCAGACUCAGAUCCAGGGGACACCCAGGCGCUGCUGACGAUGGAAUUGAGGAGGCGAGACUACCACGUGGAGCGGCCUCUGCUGGACCAGGAGCAGCUGGAGGAGCUGGGGCACUGGGGCUCCGCAACCAGGACUCUCCAGUGGCGAACCUGGUUCCGAUGCUCCGGCGCCCGUGCCCGAGCCCUCGUGCUGCACUUCCUCCCGGUGUUGGCCUGGCUGCCCCGCUACCCCGUGCGUGACUGGCUGCUCGGAGACCUGCUGUCCGGCCUGAGCGUCGCUAUCAUGCAGCUGCCGCAGGGUCUGGCCUACGCCCUCCUAGCCGGACUGCCUGCCGUGUAUGGUCUCUACAGCUCCUUCUACCCUGUCUUUAUCUACUUCCUGUUUGGCACUUCCAGGCACAUCUCUGUGGGAACCUUUGCUGUCAUGUCCGUGAUGGUGGGCAGUGUGACCGAAUCCCUCGUUCUUAAUGGGAACUCCACGGACACCGUCAUGAAGCAGCGGGUGCAGCUGGCCUCCACACUCAGUGUCCUGGUGGGCCUUUUCCAGGUAGCGCUGGGCCUGGUCCACUUCGGCUUCAUCGUCACCUACCUGUCAGAGCCUCUGGUUCGAGGCUAUACUACGGCUGCGUCCGUGCAGGUCUUGGUCUCACAGCUCAAGUAUGUGUUCGGGCUCACUCUGAGCAGCCGCUCUGGUCCACUGUCCCUCAUCUAUACAGUGCUGGAGGUCUGCUGGAGCCUGCCCAAUGCCAACGUUGGCACGGUGGUCACCGCGGCUGUGGCAGCUGUCGUGCUGGUGCUGAUGAAGCUGCUGAAUGACAAGCUGCAGCGGCAGCUACCCAUCCCCAUCCCCGGGGAGCUGCUCACGCUCAUCGCAGCCACAGGCAUCUCCUACGGCGCGAAUCUGAAGCAGUUCAAGGUGGAUGUCGUGGGCAGCAUCCCCGCAGGGCUGGUGCCCCCAGUGGCCCCCAAGCCCCAGCAGUUCACAGAGCUUGUGGGGAACGCCUUUGCCAUCGCCGUGGUUGGCUUCGCCAUCGCCAUCUCGCUGGGGAAGAUCUUCGCCCUGAAGCACGGCUACCGGGUGGACAGCAACCAGGAACUGGUGGCUCUUGGCCUCAGCAACUUCGUCGGCGGCUUCUUCCAGUGUUUCCCCAUCAGCUGCUCCAUGUCUCGGAGUCUGGUGCAGGAGAGCACGGGUGGCAACACGCAGGUGGCCGGAGCUGUCUCCUCCCUCGUCAUCCUCGUCAUCAUCCUCAAGCUGGGGCAACUUUUCCAACACCUGCCAAAGGCAGUCCUGGCAGCUGUGAUCAUCGUGAACCUGAAGGGGAUGAUGAAGCAGUUCACUGACAUCUGCUUCCUCUGGAAGGCCAAUCGGAUGGAUCUGGCCAUCUGGCUAGUGACCUUUGUGGCCACCAUCUUGUUGAACCUAGACCUUGGCCUGGCUGCUGCCUUGGCCUUCUCCCUGAUGCUUGUGGUGGUCCGCACGCAACUGCCUCAUUACUCAGUCCUGGGGCAGGUGCCAGACACGGACAUUUACAGAGACGUGGAGGAGUACUCAGAGGCCAAGGAGGUCCCCGGGGUGAAGGUCUUCCGCUCCUCGGCCACCGUGUACUUUGCCAAUGCCGAGCUCUACAGUGACACCCUGAGGCAGAAGUGUGGUGUGGACGUAGACAGCCUCCUCUCCCAGAAGAAGAAGCUGCUCAAGAAGCAGGAGCUGAAGCUGAAGCGGCUGCAGAAGGAGGAGAAGCAGCUUCAGGAGCAGGGUGCUGCGGCCAAGGUCACUUCUGUUUCUGUCAGUGUCAGCACCAGCGAGAGCGACAAUGUGGAUGUUCCCAAGGAGAUGAACACAGGGAAGGAGCUCGGGAACGCAGCAGCCGGCGGUGAAAAUGCCAGGGAGCCAAACGCGUCCACGCUGAGAGCCCUGGGCCUGCUGCAGCCAGACUUCCACAGCCUCGUCCUGGACAUGGCCACCCUCUCCUUCGUGGACACGGUGUGCCUCAAAUGCCUGAAGAACAUUUUCCGAGACUUCCGGGAGAUUGAGGUGGAGGUGUACCUGGCUGCCUGCCACACCCCUGUGGUGGCCCAGCUUGAGGCCGGACACUUCUUCGACGCCUCCAUCACUAAGCGACACCUCUUCCCCACCGUCCACGACGCCGUGGUCUUUGCGCUGCAGCACCCGAGGACCAGCCCUGCCAGCCCGGUUCUGGUUACCAAACUCUGACCGUGCCGCCACGCUGCUGGAACUGCCCACCUCCGGAGGGUGCAGCAGGGCACCUAUGAGAACCCCUGCCCCUGGGCUGUCUCCAGCUGUCACCAUGGGGACACACACACACACACACACACACACACACACACACACCUUACAACUCAGGGAUGAAGGACCUGGGACUCCAGGUCUGGUGCUCAAGGCCUAGGGUGGGCUGUUGGAGUCAGACUGCCACUGGCCGGCUUGGGAGAGGAUGAUUGCUGUUAACGUCUUCAGGAAUAAAGAUUUUUGUUUUCCA